ACAUUUUUUUUUCGUUUGGAAUAUUUUUAAUUUCGAACUCUUUUCCUCUUCUCAAGUCCAAUCAAUUUAUGCUUUUACUUUGUUAUCCCACGACAAAGGGAAGGGAAGGGAAAGGGAGGGAGGAUCUGUGAUCUGAGUCUCAGGAACACCGCUGCUUCUCUGCUCUGGUGGUAUAAAAUGGACUACAGGCGAUACAACAAUGCCCAGGAGACAAACAUGAGAGAUAAACAGCAACAUCAAGAAGAACAGGCGUACCAAGAUUCUGUCAUUGAGGAUUUUGCUGAAGAUUUUCGCUUGCCAAUCAAUCACAAGCCAACAGAGAAUGUUGUUCUGGAUAAUGUGGAACAAGCAACGUUAGAUACAAGGUUGAAUUCUUCAAAUGUUGGGUUUAGACUUCUUCAAAAAAUGGGUUGGAAAGGAAAGGGUCUUGGGAAGGAUGAACGGGGAAUAACCGAGCCAAUAAGAUCUGGGAUUAGAGAUCCAAAAUUAGGGAUUGGGAAACAAGAAGAAGAUGAUUUCUUCACUGCUGAAGAAAAUAUUCAGCGUAGGAAACUAGAUAUUGAGGUUGAGGAGACUGAGGAAUAUGCAAAGAAGAGAGAGGUUUUAGCAGAACGUGAGCAGAAAAUUCAUGUGGAGGUAAAAGAAAUGCAUAAGGUGUUCUAUUGUGAGCUUUGCAACAAGCAAUACAAAAUGGCUAUGGAAUUUGAGGUCCAUCUGAGCUCAUAUGAUCAUAACCACAGAAAGCGCUUUAAAGAAAUGAGAGAAAUGCAUGGUAAUAGCAGUCGUGAUGAUAGACAAAAGUGAGAGCAGCAACGUCAGGAAAGAGAGAUGGCUAAGUUUGCUCAAAUGGCUGGUGCUAGUAAACACCAGCAGCAGCAGCUACGUGAGGAAUCUGGUUCUGGUACUGCUUCUGCUCCUAUUACUGCUACUGCCCUUGCUGAUCAGCAUCAGCGAAAGGCACUAAAGUUUGGUUUUUCUUCUAAAAGCAGCAACUCUAAGAAUGCAUUUGCCAGUACAGCAAAGAAACCAAAAGUGGCUGUUCAAUCAGGUUUUGGAAACGACAGUGAUGAUGAAUAGCAAAAGUUAGCUAUGUAUCUCACUUAUCUUAUGUAAUUAAGAUGGUUAUGACAAUGGUGGCACAAUUUGAAAUAUUCAGUAUUUUCAGUUAUCUAUUAAAAGUUCUGUGAA